AUGGCUGCAGGGGAGCUGGUGACCUUAGAGGAGGUGGCUGUGUAUUUCACAGAGGAAGAAUGGGCUCUGCUGGACCCAGGUCAGAGAGCUCUGUACACGGCUGUCAUGCGGGAGAAUUUUGAGACUGUGACCUCACUGGGAUUUCUGAUUUCCAAGCCCGAAGUGAUCUCCUGGCUGGAACGAGGGGAGGAGCCGUGGGUCCCCGAUCUCCAGGGCUACGAGGAAAGGGAGAUCCCAAGAGAUGCCCACAUAGGUGAUGGGACGGUGAAUGAGAAUCUUCAGCAGGAAGGUCUGGAGCAAAUGGAACUGCACAGGACUCCAUCAAGAAGAUCUGAAGGGAACAUUUCCCUGAGUCCUGAUCAAGAAGAAGCCCGGGAAAGUCAGCACAAGUCAGAGCGAAUCCCCGUUGGAAAGAGACCCUAUGCAGGCAGUGACUGUGGGAAAAGCUUCCCUCAGAGAUCAGCCUCGCUUACUCACCAGAGAAUCUGCUCAGGAAAGAGAAGCAGCAAAUGCCCCGAGUGCGGGAAAGGCUUCAGAGACAACUCAGGCCUCGCUAGACAUCAGAGAACCCACACAGGAGAGAAAACCUUCCAAUGCCCCGAAUGUGGGAAAUGCUUCUGUGCCAAUGCAAACCAUAUGACACAUCAGAGAAUCCACAGUGGAGAGAAGCCCUAUAAGUGUCAUGACUGUGAGAAAACCUUCAGGGACAGCUCAGACCUCACUAAACACCUGAGAAUCCACACGGGGGAGAGACCCUACAAAUGCAAUGAGUGUGGGAAAAGCUUCAGUGUCAGCUCCCACCUUUCUCAUCAGAGACUCCACAAGGGAGAAAAGCCCUACAAGUGCCGAAUGUGUGGUAAAAGCUUUAGUCGGGGCACACAUCUCAUUGGCCAUCAAAGAGUCCACAGAGCAGAAGGGCCCUAUGUCUGCCCUCACUGCGGGAAAGAGUUCAAGUACUACUCAAAACUUAUCAAGCAUCAAAAAAUCCACCAAGGGCACAAACCCUAG